GAAUUCAACGUGACGUGAUUUGGUACCACUGAUUUGUUUCCAUUGAUUUGUCAAAAGUAGUUCAAUCGAAUCGCUAGUGUCAGUGUCAACAAAAAUUACCUUUUGUUGACUGUAAUUUGAAAGUAAUAGAUUACUGUAAAAUUAUUUCCUCAUUACCUUGAACUCUGCAUGAUGUAACUCUUAACUCGAUAUUCAGCUUAUAGAAGGUGUUAUUGUAAAAUAUACUGCACAAACUAUAAUUCAAAGUUUUUAUGUAUUAAAAUGUUGAUGAAUACUUUUUCUAGUCAGUAGUUUUAUAAUUCGGUUCAUUCAUAAUGACUGUUAAUGUACCAAGUAUGCCCACUGUCAGAAAAUACCGAAGGGAAAGUACUGAAGUCAGCAGCUGUCUCAAAUAUAUGAUAUUUGGUUUCAAUGUAUUAUUUUGGUUACUGGGAUUAGGAAUUUUAACAAUUGGAGUAUGGGCUUGGAGCGAAAAAGAUAUAUUUAAUAAUUUGGGAAAAGUAGCCAAUGUUGCACUCGAUCCUGCUUUUGUAUUAAUAUGUAUAGGAACUGUAACAUUUGUGAUAGGGUUUACAGGUUGUGUUGGAGCCUUAAGAGAAAAUACAUGCCUCUUAGCUACAUAUGCAAUAUUCCUGUCUGUGCUUCUCUUAUUUGAAAUGACUGCAGGUAUUCUUGGAUUUAUUUUUAAAGACUGGAUCAAAUCCCAAGCUACUAUUGGAUUUCAAACCUUCAUAAUCCACUACAGGGAAGAUCCUGAUCAACAGAAUUUGAUUGAUUGGAUCCAGGAAGACUGGUUGCAGUGCUGUGGCAUUGAAGGGCCUAAAGACUGGGACAGGAAUAACUAUUUCAAUUGUUCUUCAAAAGAUGUGGGAAGCAGAGAAGCCUGUGGUGUGCCAUUUUCUUGUUGCAAGAGAAAACCAAACGAAAUUAUUAAAAAUAAACAAUGUGGAUAUGAUGUCAGAAAACCCGGAUUUAGUUUUGAUGUAUCCAAAAUAAUAAACGAACAGGGCUGUCUUGAGGCAAUAGAGGAUUGGACAGAAAAAAAUAUGAUUUCAAUAGCUUCUUGCAUUUUUGUUGUGUUGUUUUGCCACGUAAGUGUAUUCUUAUUUAUCUCUAAUUUUCAUUUCUUCAAAGAACUUGACAAUCAUGCACUUAAAUACAUAUUUAUUAUCAUAAAUCAUAAAAAUAUACUCACAAACUGAAUGGUUUAUAUUUUUAUACUCAUCGUUUUGAGGAAUCUAUUCAUUACAAUCUUGAUCAAAACUUUUUAUAGAAAACCCAACUUUAUUAUAAAAACCUGCACUUUUGAUGAUUUAAUAAUUGUUUCUAAAUGAUAAAAGUUGAAUUGGUAUUCGGUACCUAGUGAAAAUUUAAUACUUAUUUUCAGCUAGAACAUCACAAGUUUUCAGUACCUACAACAUUUAAGGAUGUACACUACCGGUCAAAAGUUUUUGCUUACUCUACAGUUUGCGUGAUACACAACAAAUAAAAACAAUAUCAUCGAUUUUGAUACUUAUAUAUAGAUAAUAAUAUAGUAAUAAUAAAACUGCAGCCCAUUAUUAUUGUAUAUUUAAAUUUUUGAUUUAUAGAUGUAAUUCUCUUAUGCUUUUAUUAUUUCAUUGAACAAUUUUGACAUUCUCUGUAACAAUUUCGACAAAAAAUCGUCGUCUAUUUGGUUCCAUUAGUUUUUCAGUAUAUUCCAAAGAUGCGAAGUGAAAGUAGGACACUGCUUUAUGACUUCCGUGUCCAAUUUGUCCCACAACUCAAUCGGGUUGAGGAUUAGCGGCCAGAUCAUAACUUUCGGUACAUUCUUCUUUUCCAAUUCUUUCAAAUACUAUCUGCAUAACUUUGAGGAAUGCUUGGGAUUGUCGUCAUGCUGGAAGAUAAAUUUUCCUUAAAUAUAUUGUAAUAGCCUUCUUUCUUCAAAAUCCCUAUAAUUUUUACCAGAACUCCUCUUUCUCCAAAACAUGCCCAAACCAUCACUGAGUCUCUGCCGUGUUUUACAGUUGAUUUGCAUACAAAACUCUUUUCUUAUACCCAAAAACCUCAAACUUCGACUAAUCAUUCCAUAAAACACUUUCCCACUCUUCAUGCAUUCAAUAUUUAUGUUCUUUAGUUCACUGCAAUCCUCAAUUAUAUUUUGACGUCUUAAAAGAGGUUUCUUUAUUGCUACUCUUCCAAAAAGGCCAGAUCUGAGCUAGGCCCGAGACUUGUUGAUCACUUUUUAUUGAUCAAUACAAUAGGCUUAUUUUCAGCGGUUAUGACUUUUCGAGGCCACCCUGAACGUUUUCUAUCGCCAAAGCUCAUGGUGGAUGCAUACACAUUAUAAAUUUAUCGAAAUUAAAUGUAUAUUUUAUAAUUAAAAUAUAGUUUUCCAAAACAUAUAGUACAAUUUACGGAUGUUAAUGUUUUAGCUAAUACCUCGAACGUAGAAACUUAUGCUGUGAGUUGUAAUGUACUUUCUAGUUUCUAUAUAUAUUUUUCUGUUAUGCUUACAACUAUCCUGUUAAAUAGCCUUCCUUCUUCUAUUUGACUGUUUUCUGCAUUAGAAGGUAAUUCACGAUCAGAGUAUAAAAUAGCAAUUCAGUCAAGACAAAGGUUUCUGUUAUUUAGAAAAUUGUCUAAAAUAUUCUACAUAUAUUUUACUGUAAUAAAAAAUAUGACUCAUUACCUUCUAAAACUACCAAAUACUCAUAUGGGAAGGGGGAGAAGAUAACAUAAUAUCUUAUGGUCCCUUCAAAAGUACUUAUUCUAUAAUCAGCCAUAUUGCCACUGCGGCUAUAUGGACUUGUCGCAAGCUUGUUAGCACGAUAUGGGGAUGACUUUAGCCUAAGAUGGUAUACUAGGUAUACCAAACAAUCAUCAAGCCUGUGAUCACAUACGCGGCGCUUGUUUGGUGGUUGAAAACUAAACAAGUAACAGCUCAAAAAACUGAAGAAGAUUCAGGUAUUCCAGGAUAGUAACAACUUUAUAGUGAGAAAAGAGACAUUUAGCGACGCCCACGGACUUAUCCAGACAGUGAAAUUAAGGCCAGCAAAUCUUAAAGGUCACCUAAGAAAUCUAGAACUGAUAUAUCUAGAAAGCAGUGAAAAACCAAUGGACCAAAUGCACAAUAUGAUGAACAUAGAUAUCUAAUUCAAAGUGGUAAUUAAUGACCGUCAAUUACGAGUCAAUAAAUAUUAUCCCGAAGCUCAAAAUGUAUCUCUCUGAUACACAAAUGGUUCGAAGCUAACGCCAGGAGCUGGAUUGGGAAUUUGUGAAUCAAAAUGCAAGCUUCCCACAACGCUAGGAAAAUCACUCAUCAUUUUCCAGGUACAGUUUCUAGCAACAAUCAAAUGUGCUCAGAAGUGUUUGGAAAGAAACUUCUCUAGAAAGCUCAUUCACAUUCUCUAAGAUAACCAAGCAGCCUUGAAGGUCCUGAAACCUAUAGAGUAUAUGUCGAAACUAGUGAGGAAGUGUCAACAAACUCCAAAACCUCUAGUUAACAAACAAAAUAACACUAAUGUGGCUACCAGGCCACUAGCUUAUACCAGGCAAUGAGGAAUCAGAUAGCCUUGCCAAAAAAGGAACAAUGACUAUAUCUAGGAUCACAGCCCUACUUUGUGCUCUUGAGAUGCCACAUCAAUAACGAACUGAACGGGUUUCACUGGAGAUUCGU